AUGAAUCUCAGAGCAUUUGUGUUCAAUGGUUCUGAGAUCAUGGAUGCAGUGUCAACAUCUGACCGUUCUGCAAAUCUAUCGUCUAACGUACUGGGUAUCCCUUGGGACUCCGCCACUGACAACUUCUCGUUGUCCAUUAAGGUCUGCACCGACGAACUCGUCAGUAAACGGAGCAUCGCACUACAAAUCGCAUCCGUAUUCAACCCGUUCGGAUGGUUUGUAUCACUCCUGAUAAAGGCAAAGCAUUUCCUACAGCUUUUAUGGAAAGAGCGUAACGACUGGGACGAGCGAGGAACAUAG